AUGGAAGACGUUAACUCCUCGGUAUGGAAGAUCCACGAUGAUUCUUUCCGUCAGAUAAUUGGAGUAAACCCAAGCCUCGAGUUACUGCUAUCGGUGGAAGCGUAUCCAUUUGCUCACGAGGCCGGGGUCUUCUUGCCAUCUACCAAGGAGCUGUUUAUAACGAGCAACCAAUUUAUUGGCCAUGAUGGCAAGAAAAAGGUUCAAAUCUCAAAAGUGUCCUUAGGAGACGAAAAUGCGACUCCAAUGCGGGAGGAAGUUGAUUGCAUCGAUAUCCAGAUGGGGAAUGGUGCUGUCAAUGAUCAAGAUAGCAUUCUCUUCUGUGCGCAAGGAUCAAUGACGGCACCUAGUGGGCUAUUUAGGAUGUCCUCCCUGCCUCCCUACAAGACUGAGGCGGUUUUAACCAGCUUCUACGGCCGGCCGUUCAACUCUGUGAACGAUAUUGUCAUAAGUAAAGAUGGUUGUAUUUGGUUCACAGAUCCCAUCUAUGGAUUCGAGCAAGGAUACCGACCGCCACCCUCGCUGCCCAAUCAAGUCUAUCGAUACGAUCCGAAAACAUCCUCCGUCCGGGCCGUCGCCGAUAACUUUGGGCGUCCGAAUGGGCUUUGCUUUUCGCCCGAUGAAGCGAUCCUAUAUGUCACUGAUACAGAUCAAGUUCACGGUGAUGGUUCCAUAAAUCCUAGCAGAUGUUCCACAAUAUAUGCAUUCGAUGUUAUUUACCGAAAUGAUCAGCCGUUUCUCUCAAAUCGACGGCUCUUCGCCUUUGCAGAUGUGGGCAUUCCUGACGGGAUUAAAUGUGAUAUGGAUGGUAAUGUUUAUAGCGGGUGCGGAGAUGGAGUCAACGUCUGGUCACCCGGAGGAGUCUUGCUCGGUAGAAUCCUCGUUGAUGGCGGCGUUGCAAAUUUUUGUUUUGGCCAAAGCGGCGAGCUCUUCAUCCUCAAUGAAUUUCGCCUUUGGAAGGCACAACUCAAUUCCUCCGUACGAGGUGCAUUGUUGAAAAUUUGA